CAGACGCGCGCAACCCAACACGCAAUUUACGUGGCGUGAUCGCGCUUUGAUGGGCGCGUUCACGUUACGUAUGCAGUGGAUGAACGCGAGCGACGGUUCACUGCCACAGUCCAUUCAGUCUCAGCCCGGCACUGAUCGCACUCACUUAAAGCUAUGACUUCCGGUGUGAAAGUCACAGAUGUAGUAGUUUCCAUCUUUAAUGACAUGAAGGUGCGCAAGGCUCAAGCAGAUGAGGAGGAAAAAAAGAAGAGAAAGAAGGCCGUCCUGUUCCGUCUGAGCGAUGACAUGAAGAACAUUAUUGUGGCUGAAAAUGAGGAGAUCCUGCAGGGUGAAGUGGGAAAGAAUGUCAAGGACCCAUACCUGCACUUUGUGAAGAUGCUGCCCCCAGAUGAUUGUCGCUACGCCCUGUAUGAUGCCACCUACGAGACCAAAGAAAUGAAGAAGGAGGAUCUGGUCUUUAUCUUCUGGGCUCCAGACAGUGCUAAUUUGAAAAGCAAGAUGGUCUAUGCCAGUUCAAAAGAAGCCAUCAAGAAAAAAUUUGAUGGUAUCAAGCAUGAGUGGCAGGUGAACGGCCUUGAAGACCUCAAGGAGCGGCGUAACUUGGCUGAAAAGCUUGGCGGUACAUCAGUAGUCAGCUUGGAAGGUUACCCUAUAUAAAUCUUGUGCACCUCUUCCUCCUCUCGGCUUCAGUCGAGGCCUUUCAGACACAUCUGUUGAGUUUAGCUGUUCAUUCCAGUGCGAUUUGGAAAAGGGCAAAGGCAGAAUUAGCACUUUUUUUUGGGAAAAAUCUAGGGAGGGAUAUUGUGGGUGGGUUUGGAUUCAGGUGACAGUACAAAAAAUGAUUCCACAAAUAGACUUAUUCCAGUUCAAGAAAAUAGAGGAUAGGAACAAAACACACAGAAAGAAAACUAUGAAGGAAAACUGAGGAUGUUGAAGUUCAAAGACGGGUUUGUCCUAAGUUUCAUUUGGGAAAUUGUAGAGGAAAAUGAAACAACUGAAGUUUUCCAACAAUCCUUUCCUGACAGAUACUCAUUCAACUCCUUUUUUGCCAAACUUAGUGUUUAGUUAAAACUAACUUUAGUGUUGACUAAUUCACUCUCAAUUGCACAAGUUAUUUCAGGACCACUGGGGAAACAUGGUUAAACAUAUAUUUGUGUGUAUGGUUGAUUGCCUUUUCCCUUUAUCCAUUGUUUCUUUGUUCUUUUGUUUUUUUUAACAUGCAAAUUCCAAAACUUGAAUGACUCCUUAAUUCCACUCCUGGCUCAAAAACCAUUUGAUGUAGUUAACAUACAUACAACAUUCCUUGUGCGUGUUUAAAGCAGAAUAUCCUUGAUUUAAAAAAAAAAAAAAAAACUUAUGAAGGUCUGAUGGGGAGCGAUGUGUAUAUGAAGGAUACAGAAUAUUGAGUGGUGGAUGUUUUGUAUCGUCUCCUUAUGUCUAAUAAAAGGCACUAAACUACUGAA